GACCCGGUUCAUAUCCUUCCAACUCCCAUAUAUAAGCUGCCCCUCACUGGCUUAUCUAUGGGAGAGCGGACGGGAUCCCGAGUUUUCCAGUGGGUAUGGUCGUAUGUGUUUUUUCCUAGUCGAUGAAUAGUUUAUUAAGGCUGCUGCCUACCUCUAGACUAGGUAUAUGGUCGCUGCUCAGGAGUCCGACCCAACCUGAAAACCUUAUGAACUAUUCAUACACCCACGCACCUAACAAGACAAUCGAACAAGACAAUCGAACAAGACACUCGAACAAUACACCGCUACAGCGGGCUUCUUUAAGAGUAUGUUCUUAUUCAUGUAUAGUACAGUUACCAAACAAACGUUGUCUACCUACCUCUAUGUACUUGAUCUGUACUGCAGUAAAGACAACGACGACCACGACGACAACAAGGACAACAAGCAAACCGCCUGACCCAGUUAUGUCCCAUCUACCAUAUCCACGCACAACCAACCUCGUUGAUAUCAAUGUAGUUGAACGUCAUGUAAGGACGUUUUUUUGGUUUGGUGUUCACUUCAACCAACUCACGCACCCCCUUCAUUCGAGUCUUCGACGCAAAAGACCAAGACCAAUGACAACAACAACUACAACGCAGCGGAGAUCAUACCAACAACAAAAGCAACGCAAGAAAAAAGCCAGCCAGCAAGACAAGACACAACACAUAAAACGUACAACAGCUGCUUGUCCCUUGAGCUUCUUUUUGAUGAUUCAUUUUACUUUUUUCCUUUCAUUUUCUGCCGCUGAAUUUCAGGCUUCUCUCUCUCGUCCCCUGUCUUUUCCUUUCCAGCUUCAAGUUUACUCUUUCAAGAGCCAGCCAUGUUUUGAAAGCUUACUUCCACUCACUGUUUCCUUCCAGUCCUUGCCCUCCACAACGCCCUCCUCCUCUCCUCACUCGGUUUGCCUCUUCGCUUUCUUUUUCUUUCUCUCUUCCUGGGUCUUUAGCUGUCACUUUGCUCUCCCUCUAAAAUCUCCCCUUCUUCAAGGUCGUUAUCGCCGUUCCCAUCUGUGCUUUCACCCCUCGCCGCCGUGCCUGCCAUCAGUGGGUUUGCUGUUCCGGCUGCGGUUCCGGCUGCGGCUGUUAUGGCGCCAGGUAUCACUUGCGCCCCAGUCCCACCGGCCAGAUCCACAGCUGCAAACCCCCCGAUCUUAAGCCUCGGCCUCCGUCCCAGCCCCUGACCUCCCUGACCUCC